CUACACUUUCUCUCACUCAACAACAGUCCAACAGUCCUUGUCUGCCUGUCUGCACUGAAUCUGACUGCACUUUUGAGAUCUCAUUGAGGAGGAAAAGACAGAGAAAAUGUAUGAAGAAGGAAAGAAGAAAGAGGAAGAAGAGAAUGAAGACCUGAGGAGAUAUUGUCGAUACUUUACUAAAGAACAGUUGAUCAUGCUGUGUGUCUGUACUGCUCUGCUUGUGCUACUUCUGGUCAUCAUCAUCACCUCUGUUCUCCUGACUCAAAAUGGAGGUAGGGCAUCUGAAACGAUCCUGCCGUUCCCUACUGAUGGAGACAUGCUGGACUUCCUCGUCCAAACUGGAGACAUCAGGGAGAGAGACGCGCUGUACGCCACCUGGUAUCACCGUGCCAACAACAAGUCAGAGAUGAACAUAGCACUGCAAAGUUCUAUCAUGGUUUUGGAGGCUGAUGUGACUGUGCAGGGAUACGCUACGGUCAACGUGACCACCAUCCCCAUCAUGGCUCAUCCUCCUGCUGUCUACAGUGACAACACUCUGGACCAGUGGCUGGAUGCCGUGCUCCAGUCAAAGAAAGGCAUAAAGCUGGACUUCAAAUGCAUCCAGGCGGUGACUCCCUCUCUGGGCAUCCUGAGCAUGAAGAACCAGACUAAAGGCAUCAACCGGCCGGUGUGGCUGAACGCUGACAUCCUCCCUGGGCCAAACGUCCCAGCCUUCUGGCCUGUCAUCGACGGACCUGAGUUCUUGGCAAUGAUCCAGCAGAGUUUUCCAGACGUGACCAUCUCUCCUGGAUGGGCAGUUCUGUAUCUGCCCCAGUUCCCAAACGUCACCUACACACAGGCCAUGGUGGAGGACAUGUACGCCAUCAUCAAAAAUGUCCCUCAGACAGUCACCUUCCCCGUCCACGCGCUCAUGGCCAAGAACGGAUGGCCUCACAUCAGCUGGUUACUCAGCCAGUCACCAAAGUUCAGUCUGACUCUGUGGCAGAGCCAGGAAAAGAACCCCAGUGUGAAUGACCUGCUGUUCAUCAGAGACAACACCAACCCUAAGCGAGUCUACUAUGACAUCUAUGAACCUGUCCUGUCCCAGUUUAAAGAAGCUGCCAAGCAAAGAGAUCGGCAGAGGAGGUUCUACCCUGGAGGAGACCUGAUUGACUAUUUCCAGCUGAAAUACAGAGAUGGCUUGUACAUCCAGUGGAACACAGUCACAGACAGAGCCUCACUGCUUUCUCUACUGUCAGACAGUGCCAGUGGCAUGCUCAUCAUUCCAGUAGGAUCUGGUUCCGCCCAGCCUGGGGUCCCAGUGGUGGAGGGCUCCCGUCCAGAGUUCCUUCUCCAGGACUCCCUGAACCUGGUUCUGGCCUCUCCAAAACCCUUUGGUAUCUAUUUAAGGAUCCAGUCCCAGAGCCAGCUGGAACCCUCUCUCCACCUGCUCAGCUCAGCCUACCACAGCGACCUCCUGUACCGCCCCGUCUGGGUCAACAUGGCUCUGUCCCAUGGAGCCUUCCAGACCCAGGGCUACAUCUCUGGGAGGGAGUUCCUCCACACAGUCAACCAGGUGUUCCCCUAUGUGACCCUGGCCCCCAGCUGGCCUCUUGAAGUCCUGAGGGAGGGGUAUAACAGGGCCAUGGUGGAUGACAUGGAGGUUUUACUGAAGGAGGCGUGGCAGGCUGUGUCCCUGCAGGUGAGGGCGGAGCCACUGGGGAGAUCUGUGGAGGGACAGAGAAGGAUUCGGGAGGUGCAGUCAAGGUACUCACUUACAGUGGAGACCGGGAUAGAAAGUGGGAUUGAUGAGGAGGCAGGACCACAGGCAAUCAUGGCCAACCUCUCUGGGAGCAAAGACAGAAGCUUGUUUUUUAUAACUGAGAACUACUGGUCUAAGAUGUGAAGACCUCUUAAAUGACAGUUUGCUACAUUUUCAUCUAAUCUUUUGUUGUAUUUAAAGUAAAUAAAAACCAAUGAAAAACAACCA